AUGCAACUGGUUCAGAGUAACAAUGAAGCCAAUAUUAUCAAUGCGCAUGAACUCGAGGUAAAGAUUAAGGGACCAAUUGAAUCGUUGUAUGAAAAUGGUGUGUGGGUCGUUCGUGUUCUUAUACCCAAAAGAUAUCCCUACAGGCCUCCAGCAGUUAUAUUUAAAAGUAGAAUCUUGCAUCCUAACAUUAAUGAGCAGUCAGGAGCUAUCUGUAUGAACGUACUGCAUGAGGCAUGGACGCCGGUUUUCAAUUUGAAUAUCAUAUUCGAGUCGUUUAUACCAGAAUUGCUGAGAAAUCCAAAUGUAAAUGAUCCUUUGAAUAUAAGUGCAGCAUCUUUAUACAAAAAAAAUAAGGAGCUAUACGAUGCGCGGGUUAGGCAGUACGUGAUUCGUUAUGCAACAGAGCAACAAGUUACAACUAAGGGCGAAUCAGAACCAGCAUUAGAUUUAAGUGAUAAUAACAGUAUUGAUAUUGAUAUUGAGUUUCCGUCAGUAACUAGUUUUGGCAUUAGUGAUGCUCAGGCAGCUGCGGAAGAUGUUACUUUGAAUGCACUUAAUCUUGAAGCCGAGAUGGAAGAACAAACUGCUGCUGGUAAUACUCGUUCUCUUUCUUCCAAUGUGGUUGGCAAUGCAGAUAUUGGUGGUUCGGUACAAUUACAAUCUUCAUCACUGGUAGAAGAAACUACAAAUGAAGUUUCUACACCAGUCGAAGCUGUACUAUUAAUAGUAGAGGAUGUUAAUAGCUUAGUUCAGUUGGAGGAUAUACCAGAAUUAGACGAAAACAUAAACGUUGAUGAGUUACUAAUUCCUUUCGAGAAUGUUGAACAUAUUGCUGGAGAGGGUGAUGUUGCUUCGAUGCAAUCUGUUAUUAAUGAAGUUCAGUUAGAGCGCAUUUCGGAAGACGACGAACGUAGUAGUGAUGAUUCUGAGCAAGAAUCUGUUAUAGAUGCUGACGGAGAUCAGUUGGAAAAUGAUGUAGAAGAGAGUCAAGUACCUGGUGUUUCUGUUGUAGAACUUAUUAAUUUGGAAUCUGGCGAAGAAGUUUUUAUUCAAGAUUCUUUUGCAGAUGACGACGGACCUGAUAUUGAAGAUUAG